AUGCAAUGGACUGCAAGCAUGGAAAAGAUUGCCAAUGUGCAUGCCCGAUGCAUCAUGAACGCACCAGCAAUUGAACCAACACCUCCCCAUGAUGACUUCAGCCAGAAAUGUGAGGAGUUUCCAGUGGACCCAUACUUUGCCCCAUUGUCUGUUAUUGCAUGUAGGGUGUCUGAGGUGCAAGAGGAGCUUCGGACACGAAAAGGGAUUGAUGCCAUGCAUGUCAUCAUGAGGAGCGAUGAAAGGGACCCGGAAUGGUGGUCAGAUGUUAGGGCGUUGGGGUGGACGUGGAUGGACUAUACAGCGGAGCGGAUAGAGGAGAUCUAUAGAAAAUGGCAUCUGGUGUUCAUUGAUGCUAUCAUUCAGUUGAAUGGAGCUGGCUUUGUUGGCACUCAUGGUUCCACGGUGUCCACACUGGCUAGCCGCAGACCAGGCGCAGACAACAACUGA